AUUGAAGCAGUCAAUAAGCAUACUGUGCACACAUUGAUAGUGCAUGGAGAGUUCUAUUAUAAGCUGAUUAAAUACACCUUGUGUACACCAUAGUCACUGUAGCCUACAUACUGGAGUUAAAUAAGGUCAUUCAAUAGCACUGUUAAAAGCAAAUAAUAUCGGUUCAAAUGUACUGGCAUAGAACACAAAAAAAGAAGUGAACAUUAGCCUAAAACAGUCUAAAACAUGACUAAAAUGUAUCUCUUACUGAUGGUCCAUGUUUUUGCAUACUGCAAUGGAGCAAACAUCCUACUAGCUCCCCUGGAUGUAGGAUAUAACAGCCGUGUAACAAACAUGAUUAAAAUUGGAGAUAUUCUCCAGCAAAGAGGACAUAAGAUUAAUUUCCUGUAUACCAGUGAACUACGUAACACGAAACUGUUCAAGAUGGCUGGGAAGAAAAUGGCAGAUGCUGUGAACAGAUUCAAUGUGAUUACAUACAAGGUUCCACCAGAAGAUCCUGCUGUAGCAGAGGCAACAGAUACCAUGGACUGGCUGGACUCAUUUAUAGGCUUAUCAUGGUCAGAUAUAGUUAAGAUGUAUUGGCCAUAUACUUAUCCAGAACAUUUGAAUAAUGCAAUUCAAGAUAUGGACACAUGGAAAAAAUUGUCUGAGCAAUCAUUUGAUGUGAUAAUUGCAGAUGCCAAUAAUUACUUUGGCAGGGUUCUAGGUGGUCACUUCAAUGUUCCAGUUAUUGUAUAUUCCAACUGGGGACCAAUGGGACAUGAUUUCAUAUACCCUAUCAACCCAUCAUAUAUACCUGUAGACUUUACAAACCCUUAUCUAAGUGAUAAAAUGGAUAUAUGGGAACGAUUUUUGAACACAUGGGAAUAUCUUCGUUUUCAUUACUAUGCAGCUGUUGCGCAAGAAAUGGUGAAAGAAGUCUGCUUGAAAUUUAAACACAUAAAAACUGCGGCCUGUGAUAAUAUCGUAGACUUCCCUAAAACCGUUUCUCUCGUCCUGAUGAACAGAAAUGAUGCACUUCAUUAUCCUGCCCCGUUCAUGCCCCACAUAAUAUCUAUUGACGGUUACUUCCUGGACAAAGCUAAACCUCUAAGUGGGAAAUUUAAGGACAUCGUUGAGAAAGCUAACAACGACGGUGUCAUUGUUGUAAGUCUUGGAUCAAUAUUUCGUAAAUUACCAAUGGACAUGGCAGAAGCAUUCGCUGAAGCACUCGCGACUAUGAAACAAACAGUUAUAUGGAGUUAUGAUGGGCCGAAACCGAAACAACUUGGAGAUAAUACAUUCGUCAGUGAAUGGAUACCACAAAGAGAUUUAUUGGCACACAGCAAGGUGAAACUAUUUGUCCAGCACUGUGGUAUAUCAGCAACAUUUGAAGCCCUCGACAGUGCAGUCCCAAAUGUUGGCAUACCAUUAAUAGCUGACCAACCAUAUAACUGUGAAAAACUAGCCAAUCGUGUCGGUUCGCUCAAGGUCAUCGACCCGAGGAACUUAACAAGUGAAGUGCUUCGAUCAGCGAUGACAGAGGUUCUGUAUAACACAACAUAUGAGGAAAAUGCAAAGAAAGCUGCUGCGAUAUAUCACAGCCAGCCUAUUAGCCCAAAAGACAAGGUCGCUUAUUGGGUCGAAUAUGUUAUACGUCACAAAGGAGCACCUCACCUGCGUUCACAAGGCGCAAACAACUUGAACAUAUUUCAAUAUUACUUGCUGGAUAUUAUAGGACUAUUUGUGGUCAUUGCAUGUGUCAUCAGUGGAAUUAUCAUUUACUUCAUCAGCUUCAUUGUAAAGAAGUUCAUCCAUUCUCCAAAAAAAGAUAAAGCAGAGUAACAUUUUACCAAAGUUCACUUACGAACUGAUUAAUAAAUUGUGACGUUUCUUUAGAAACCAAUCAUGGGUUGUUGCGUUGUACCCAGUGAGUGUACCUAGAACUUGAAGUUAUCGAGACUAAUCACUUUGUCUGAGCAUUUUGCAGAUGAUCUAUAGUCUAAUUUUGAAUAAGACAGUCUGCCAUGCUUUUGAGUAUUCACAUAUCAAAGUCUAACUUAUUUUGAAUAAGACAUUGUGCCAUGCUUAUAAGUAUUCACAUAUCAAAUAUGAACAAAAUCACUCUACUACUUUUCAGCACUUUGAUAUUGAUUGGAUAAAUCACAACAGAAAGAAUUUACAAUACAUACAUGUAUAUACAAUAAAAUACAAUACUAAAAUACAUUUAAACAAGUGAGUGAUUGCAAAAGUUCACCAUGUCAGCUAAAAACCUCUAGCCGAUGAACUUCUGUUUGAUACAAUUUAAUCUAGUCCUGAAGUUAUAUUUAAAAACCUUAUGCCACACAAAAUUCUUAUGUCAUUUAUCAUUCGUUCGAAAAAUUAGAUCAAUAUUGUGUCAAUGAUACAUCACACUGAUAUAUUAGCAUUUAAUCAUGCUUAUGACUGUCAUUUUUUACAUUUGUCAUGUUGUAUUUAUUUUUAUAUUUUUGUAUUUUGUAAUAGUUUAGUCUAGUUUCAGUUAUUUUUGUAUAUUGUAGUUAUUGUAUUAUUGUAGUUACUUAUUGUAAUGGCAUUGUAGAGUCAAUUAAUGGAAUCCAUUCAUUGUUAAAAACCUAAUAAAAUGGGUUCAGUGCUUCUUGCAGUUGGCAAUAAACAGUAGUCUAGAAAAUGCAUGUAUAACCUGUCUACUAGGCGUCAAAUAAGUCUAUUCUCCCUCCUUAACUUUUUAGAUUUAGAAAUAACAUAGGAUUGUUAUAUAUCAUUUCAUUUUAAAGGGAAUUAAAUUUGCUGAUCACACACUAAAUUUCAGAGAGAUUGGUAAAAUUCCAAGAGCAUUUUUAGUGAUGUUCAUAUUUUUCAUUUUUAAUAGUACCCCCAAGCAGCUUGGACAGCCUCAAUUCUACAAGCCGGAUACAAUACAAAAAUGUUCACAAACAGGGGUGUUGCACUUUCAAGGCUUCUAAGAGCUUUCUUGAUACAUUUGAACAAUGUUUCAUUGCGAUGAAUUUCUCCUCUGGUUGAUCUUCGAUUAAUUUUUCGACCCUGUCCUUAAUAAUCCCAGUUUCACGGUUCAUUCAUUAUCCUGGUAAUUUUACUCUUUUUGACCAACCAAUGGUCAACUGCAUCCUUUCAAGAAACAUUGUAGCAAUUUUAUGAGGAAGAGUUCAUUAUUGAUUUUCUAGGAGUGAUCAGCAUUUUCCAUAAGCUUUAGAAUGAUAUAUGGAAUAGUAUGAUACCUUUAGAAAUAAAAAGUUAAGGGGGAGAACAGACUUAUUUGAUGCCCUGUAGUUACAUGUAUGCCUGUUGGACCCUAUUACUCGUUAUGCUUACUAAAUAUGGUAUACAUAAAAUGUACAUAUAGAAUCUAAAUAUAUUUUGGAACUUCA